GCGGCCGUGGGAGAGGCCGGUUGUUGACUUGAGGCUUCGGCAGCUUCCAAGCUAGCAAAAGCCCAACAAGUGGAUAAGUUGUCAACAUAGUCUGCGCUCCUUAACGACCACUUUCUCUUUCCCGUUUUUAUUUUUUGUUGCGCGCCAGCGGGGUCACCUUAUGUGGAUAACUGACGUCGCCGCGGGCGGGGACACAGUUUGUGUUUCGUUCGGAGGCUGACGUUAAAAGGCUUAAAGUUAUGUCGACGAGAUAGACCGACGAAGACGGGAUAAAGUUGGGAUGUGGCCGUGCUGGGCUUCAGCCCUCGGGGAACCAAAAUGGCGGGUUAUUUGGACUGAAAUGUGUCGUCUGCCGGAGGAAUUAUUAAUAUAACUCCCCCCCCCCCAAGUAAGCCGUGUCAAAGUCCGACCUGGCCUAGGGAGCUAACGGCUAGCUAGCAGGCUAGCUAAGCGCCGCACCGCUGGCUGCUGCUCGCCCCCCAAAGCGGCACGUUGCAGAUGGCCUCCCAGCAAGCCAUGGAUGCGACCACGGACACGUGCGCCGCGGCUGUGUACCACCACAACGGGGACGCCCAUCGGGAGUGUCCAGACACGGCCGGCUCGACCGCCGCCGCCUCCGCGACCGUUCUGAGGCUUCAUUUAUAUCACAGCAGCCAGGGAGCGUCCGACUGCAAAUUCCUGGGAUACCCAGCCGGGGUUUAUGUGGCCGAGGAGCUGUGCAUCGCCGGCGCAAAAGCGUCCAGUGUAUCGCCUCUCUACUGCAGCCUUUUUGGCCUCUUCAGAGAGCGAGACUGCUUGUGGUUCUCACCCAACCACAUUUUCCACCUUGACGAGUCCGCCUCAGAAGAUGUGUUUUUUAGAAUAAGGUACUACUACCCUGGCUGGUACAGCGGUGGGGCGUCCCAGGCGUAUCGAUACGGGGUCACGAAAGGAUCCGAAAGUCCUGUCCUCGAUGACAAUGUGAUGUCAUACCUGUUCUUUCAGUGGAGGAGUGAUUUUAUAAGCGGCUUGGUCCAGAUCUCCAACUCCCACGAGACCCAGGAAGAGUGCCUGGGUCUGGCUGUGUUGGACAUAACUCGGACCGCCAAGGAGAGGCAGAUUCUGCCGCUGGACAUUUACCGCUCUAUAAGCUACAAGUCCUUCUUGCCCAAGGACAUGCGAGCGCAGAUCGAGGACUGCAACUUCCUGACGCGCAAACGCAUCCGCUUUCGCUUCAAGCGCUUCAUCCAGCAGUUUGGUCAGUGCCGCACCACGGUGCGUGACCUCAAGCUCAAAUACCUCAUCUGCAUGGAGUCCCUGGAGAAGGCCUUCUACACGGAGACCUUCAAGGUCCGGGAGGCAUCCAGCGGGCAGCUCAUCAUCCUGGUGGCGGCGGACACCGGCAUCCAGUGGUGCCGGGAGAAGCUGAAAGAUUCCGACCAGGAGCUGCAGACGCUGUGUGACUUUCCUGAAGUUGUGGACAUUGGCAUCAAACAGGCCAACAAGGAAGCCACGUCUGAGAGCCGCCUGGUCACCAUCAAUAAGCAAGAUGGCAAGAUCCUGGAGUUGGAGUUCUCCAGUCUGUCUGAAGCGCUCUCCUUUGUGUCCCUAAUCGACGGCCACUAUCGACUCACCACAGAUGCGCACCACUACCUUUGUAAAGAAGUGGCGCCUCCUCGGCUGGUGGAGGCCAUCGCCUCUCAUUGCCACGGCCCAGUCUCGAUGGAGUUUGCCAUCAGCCGACUUCAGAAAUCUGCAAACAAGCGUGGCUUGUACAUUUUAAGGUGUAGUCCAAAGGACUACGACAAGUACUUUCUGACGUUCCCUGUUGAGGUGUACGACGCUGUAGAAUACAAGCACUGCCAGAUAACCAGGUCUGCCAGCGGGGAGUACAACCUGAGUGGAACCAAAAGGAACUUCAGCAGCCUGAAGGAUCUGCUCAGCUGCUACCAGAAGGAAACCGUGCGCUCUGACAGCUUUAUUUUCCAAUUCAGCAAGUGCUGUCCGCCGAAAUCCAAAGAGAAGUCCUGUCUGCUGGUGUGCAGAAGAAACAAGGCUUGCGAAUUGCCCCCCUCGCCCUCGCUGCAUCGAUACAACAUCAGCCAGAUGGUCUUUCACAAGAUCAGGAGAGAAGAUCUGGAGUUUAUGGAGAGUCUCGGCCGUGGGACGUUCACUAAGAUCUUCAAAGGGGUCCGCAAGGAGCUCGGAGACUACGGCCUCGUGCACCAAACCGAAGUCGUCAUGAAAGUCCUGGACCAGGCCCACAGGAAUUACUCAGAGUCUUUCUUUGAAGCGGCGAGCGUGAUGAGCAAGUUGUCCCACAAGCACUUGGUUCUCAACUACGGCGUGUGCGUCUGUGGCGAGGAAAACAUCAUGGUGCAGGAGUUUGUGAAGUUUGGCUCCUUGGACAUGUAUUUGAAGAAGAACAAGAACUCGUUGAACAUCCUCUGGAAGCUGGAGGUGGCCAAGCAGCUGGCCUGCGCCAUGAACUUUCUGGAGGAGAAGCGCCUGGUCCACGGAAACGUCUGUGCUAAAAACGUGCUCCUGAUCCGAGAGGAAGACCGCCGGGCCGGGAACCCGCCUUUCAUCAAGCUGAGCGACCCCGGCAUCAGCAUCACUGUCCUGCCCAAAGACAUUUUGAUCGAGAGGAUCCCGUGGGUGCCUCCCGAGUGCAUCGACGACCCGGCCAACCUGAGCCUGGCAUCAGACAAGUGGAGCUUUGGCAUCACGCUGUGGGAGCUCUGCAGUGGCGGCGAGAGACCGCUCGCGGCGCUGGACGACUCCAAAAAAAGCCUCUUCUACGAGGACCAGCACCAGCUUCCUGCGCCCAAGUGGACAGAGCUGGCCAAUCUGAUCACCAGCUGCACCGACUACGAGCCCACCUUCAGGCCGACGUUCCGCGCCGUCAUCCGUGACCUGAACGGCCUCUUCACGCCAGACUACGAGCUGAUCAUGGACAGCGACAUCCUCCCCAACAGGACGGCAGGAUCCGGUUGGACGACGGGAGGCUUCGAGAGUCACGAGCCGGCCCAGUUUGAAGAGAGACACCUCAUAUUUUUACAGCAGCUCGGGAAGGGCAACUUCGGCAGCGUGGAGAUGUGCCGCUACGACCCGCUGCAGGACAACACGGGCGACGUGGUGGCCGUGAAGAAGCUGCAGCACAGCACCGCCGAGCACAUCCGCGACUUCGAGCGGGAAAUCGAGAUCCUGAAGUCCCUGCAGCACGAGAACAUCGUCAAGUACAAAGGCGUCUGCUACAGCGCAGGCCGACGUAAUUUGCGUCUCAUCAUGGAGUACCUCCCCUUCGGAAGCCUGCGAGAUUACCUGAUGAAGAACAAGGAGAGGAUCGACCACAAGAAGCUGAUGCAUUACGCCUCUCAAAUCUGCAAGGGAAUGGGGUACUUGUCCAGUAAGCGCUACAUUCACCGUGACCUGGCAACCAGGAACAUCCUGGUGGAAAGCGAGCUGAGGGUGAAGAUCGGCGAUUUUGGCCUGACCAAGAUCCUCCCCCAGGACAAGGAGUACUACAUGGUCAAAGAGCCAGGAGAGAGCCCCAUAUUUUGGUACGCUCCUGAGUCGCUGACGGAGAGCAGGUUCUCGGUGGCGUCGGACGUGUGGAGCUUCGGCGUGGUUCUUUAUGAGCUCUUCACACACAGCGACAAGAACUGCAGCCCUCCUGCGAUAUUCAUGUCCAUGAUGGGCAACGACAAGCAAGGGCAGCUGAUCGUCUACCACCUCAUCGAGCUGCUCAGGUCUGGCAGCAGGCUGUCGCAGCCCAUCAGUUGCCCCUCUGAGAUGUACGAGAUCAUGGAGGAGUGCUGGGACAACGACUCUGGCCUGCGUCCGUCUUUCAACGAGCUGACCCUGCGCAUCGACCUGCUCAGGGACUCCAUUUGAACACACGGGCGAACAAUCACCCCAAGUGCCGCGCUUCCCCGUCCGUCCCCCCUCCCACUUGAGACACAGUCCGCCUGCUGGAAUGGUCGCGUUUGUUGAAGAUUUUAAAACGGUAGUAUGAACUGUGAGUAGUUUAUUGUCACGCCUGAAAAUUGGAUGCUUAGUAAAUGUGUGUGUGCGUGUGUGCGAGUGCGUGUGCGUGUGUGUAUGUGUGUGUGUGUGCGUGUGUGUGUGUGCUAGCGGGGCUAGCCGUCGCCAUCACACGUCUCCCCUCUCUUAAAAGUAUUUUCUUUGCGUGUGUGUGUUUGUACAUAGCUACAGUAUAUAUUUGUGUACAUACACUAUGUUCAGAUUUGUUUCUUUUUCUAAUUCUAAUAUACUGGAGCUGGAGAUUAAAGCCCGUGUAUAUUUGUA